AUGCCAAUGUCCUCUCUUUCGGAGAAAUUUGUUAGAUGGUGUUUCAACUGUCUAGAGGAUUUGUUGCCUAAGGCAGAAACAAGUGAUUGCUGCACAUUAUCCAGAGUUCUGUUAAUUCGUCGUGGCCUUGAUAUUGAUGGCGGUUGUUCUGUUUGCAACCAAGCCCACAAAUCGGUUCUACACCUGUUCCUUGAUUGCAACUUUGCUAGGGAAUGUUGGAGGAGGGAAUUAGCUGCUGCUCUUGAACUAAAUAGUGUUGUCUGGACGGGAGCAGGUCAACCUGCUCACGUUUUGCUUGGAGCUGCUUCUAAUAGGUUUAUGUCUUGGCAGCAAGGUCAAACCAGAUUACAUACUACAGUUCCUACUUCAACAGGGACAUGGGUUCGUCCUCCACAUGGAUUUCUUAAGUGUAACUCAGAUGCAGCUCUUCAGGCUUCUUCUCCUGUUACAGGUGCGAGCUGGAUCGUGCGUGAUAAUCUGGGCACAGUGGUUAACGCUUGUCAGUUAGCGCUUCAUGGUGGUCACGACCCACGAGUGGCAGAAGCACUUUCUUUCAGAGAAGCGCUAAGCUGGGUUAAAGGCAAGGACUUUCAUCAUGUUAUUUUUGAGACAGACUCUGUUGUUCUUUUCCAGGCUAUGAAUAAAAGACAAGGGGACUCUUCUUAUUUUAGUCAAGUGGUUUCUGAUUGUAAGGUGUUGUUAAAUGAAGUAGAUGCAUGUUCUGUUUCUUUUGCUAGAAGAUCAGCGAAUAGUAUUUGGACACCUGCUUACAACAAAUGCCUGUUCUGUGACUGA